GACGAGGAGAAACCCACGAGGGGUGGUCAUUCCCGAGUCCCCAUCUGGCCAUCUCUCCAAUCUCCAUGACAAAAAAAUAACCAACCGGUCGAAAGAAAAAUUCAACGAGUUGUGAAGACUUGUCCUCCAAUUUCCCAACUCCCCAAUCUGUCACCUCGCAGCUUCACGCUUCCACGCACACAGAUCAAAUCUCGAAAUCCUACGACUCGUAGGAUGGAGGAGUCGGAGUAGUAGUAAACGGCGAUCGGAUCGAAUCGAAUCAUCGGCGCUGCUGCCUCCCCGAGCCGUGACCCCCCCCCUCCAAACCGCCGAUAAGCUAAAUUCAUUCACACUCCACUUCACUCGCUCACGCUUCGCCGUCCGCGUCGCGUCGCGUUGCGUCGGCGGCGCCGCUGCACUGCACGCCUCGCCACCGGCGAGCGAAGGGAAGGAAGAGGAGGAGGAGGAGUUGGUGGUGGUGGUGGUGGCGCGGAGUCAGUGGCGGCGGCGGCGCGGGUGGAGAUGAAGGCGAAGAGCCUCCCGUUCAUCGCCUCGGAGCACAAGCGGGAUGCAUAUGGAUUCGCUGUGCGGCCACAACACUUGCAACGGUACAGAGAGUAUGCAAACAUCUACAAGGAGGAGGAAGAGGAGAGAUCUGAGAGAUGGAAGAAUUUUCUGGAUAGCCAAGCUGAGUACGAUGAAUCAUCCGGAGAGGAUCAGGAUGCCAAGGUUUCACCAUCCGCUGAGGAUGAAGAAGCUGGCAAGAAAGCUGAGGAUGGCAGGUCCAAAUUGUCAGACGAACAGAAAGUGAAACAGCAGAGACCACAUAAGAUUCAGAUAUGGUCGGAAAUAAGGCCCUCCUUAGGCCACAUUGGGGAGAUGAUGAGCUUGCGUGUCAAGAAGAAGCAAUCUUCUGCAGAUAAGGAGAAUGCAGCGAAUGAACUCCAAUCUGCAAAUAAUGAAGAAAUCAAACCCUCAGAGGACUCCGAUGAUGAGUUCUAUGAUGUAGAGAAAGUUGAUCCCAACCAAGAAGGGCCUGUAGCUGAUAGUGCUGAUGCUGAUUCAGGCAUGAAUGUUGAUGCGAAUCAAGAAGGGCAUUAUCCUUGGAAGGAAGAAUUGGAAUGCCUAGUCCGUGAUGGGUUGCCAAUGGCUCUGAGAGGAGAGCUAUGGCAAGCUUUUGUUGGUAUCGGAGCUCGUCGGGUGAAAGGCUACUAUGAGUCUCUCCUUGCAGCUGAUGAUGAAAGAGAGAACAGCAAAGGUUCUGAUUCUCCAACUAUGGAAGGGAAACCAAAAGGAUCGCCAUUUUCUUCUGAAAAGUGGAAAGGGCAAAUAGAGAAGGAUUUGCCUAGAACGUUCCCAGGUCAUCCCGCACUAGAUGAGGAUGGCAGAAAUGCUUUAAGACGCUUGCUCACAGCUUAUGCGAGACAUAACCCAUCAGUUGGUUACUGUCAGGCAAUGAAUUUCUUUGCUGGUCUGUUACUUCUCCUAAUGCCAGAGGAGAAUGCAUUUUGGGCAUUGACAGGCAUUAUGGAUGAUUAUUUUGAUGGCUACUUUUCUGAAGAAAUGAUAGAAUGUCAGGUUGAUCAGCUUGUUUUAGAGGAGUUAGUCCGGGAGAAAUUUCCAAAACUAGGUUUGCGCAUUAUUCUUGUUUGUAUUAAAAUAUCUGUAUAUCAUGACUUGGCAUAUAUGUUAACCGACAAUUUUGACUACUUUUAUGCAUGGUUUUUUGCAGUAAAUCACCUGGAUUACCUCGGCGUUCAAGUUGCAUGGGUUACUGGACCAUGGUUUCUAUCUAUAUUCAUGAACAUGCUACCAUGGGAAAGUGUCCUUCGAGUUUGGGAUGUGCUUCUGUUUGAUGGAAAUCGCGUGAUGCUCUUUCGAACAGCUCUUGCCCUAAUGGAGUUGUAUGGUCCUGCGCUUGUGACAACAAAGGAUGCUGGGGAUGCUGUGACCCUUUUACAGUCUUUGGCUGGUUCUACUUUUGACAGCAGCCAACUUGUUUUAACUGCAUGCAUGGGUUAUCAAGCUGUAGACGAAGCAAGGCUGCAAGAACUGCGAAAUAAACACCGGCCAUCUGUUAUAUCUUCAAUGGAACAGAGAGCAAAAGGUCUUCGUGUUUGGAGGGACACCAAUGGCCUUGCGUCAAAGCUCUAUAAUUUCAAGCGUGACCCUGAACCAUUGGUGUCUUUAUCAACAGAACAAUUAAGUGACUUGACAGAAACUAGUUCUGGAAGUACAGAUGACAUGUAUAGUGGCCUGACUGUCAACACUGAGAUUGAUUCUUUGCCUGAUCCAAAAGACCAGGUGGUCUGGCUGAAGGUUGAGUUAUGUCAACUGCUGGAGGAGAGAAGAUCAGCUGUUCUGAGGGCUGAUGAAUUAGAGACAGCGCUGAUGGAGAUGGUUAAGCAGGAUAAUAGGCGGGAAUUAAGCGCAAAGGUCGAGCAAUUGGAACAGGAGUUAUCUGAUCUAAGGCAAGCUCUAUUAGACAAGCAGGAACAGGAGCAAGCAAUGCUUCAGGUCCUGAUGCGUGUAGAGCAAGAACAGAAAGUCACUGAGGAUGCGCGCAUAUUCGCUGAGCAAGAUGCUGCUGCUCAGAAAUAUGCUGCACAUGUGCUCCAGGAAAAGUAUGAGGAAGCUAUGGCUUCACUAGCACAAAUGGAGAACAGAGCAGUCAUGGCAGAAACUAUGCUGGAAGCAACACUGCAGUAUCAAUCAAGCCAGCAAAAGGCACAAUUGCCAUCCCCUUCACCUUCUCCAAGGACACCAACAAGGGAUGCAUCACCUGGCCAAGUGAACCAAGAUUCAUCACAGGAGUUUCAACCUAGAAGAAUAAGUUUGCUUGCUCCGUUUUCCCUUGGCUGGCGUGACAAGAACAAGGGCAAACAGAAUAUCUCCGACGAGUCAACAAACGGCAAUCUUAAUAGCAAUACUGAGCAAAUGGUUGACACACCCAAGAAGGAUGAUGAAAAGCAAGGAGACUCUCCACAGGAGGGUGAACAAAGAGUGGAUACACCCAGAAGAGAUAGUGAGCACAGAUUAGACACGCCGGAGACCACAAUAAAGUUGGAAGAACAGUUGGAAGAAAUAAAGUUGGAUUGAUAAUCACAAGCCCACCCAUCGGCGAAUUUUUACCAAUAUGGUUAACUACUGCCGUGGUAUUAAAGGGUAGUUCAAGCCACAAUCUACGGCCAAUAUAAAAGUAUGUGUUGUAUUUAUUCUUUUUAUUUAUUUUCUCCUACUCCCUUUUCCUUCUUAAUUUUGUCUUUGUUUUGCAACCAUUUUUUCCUAGGUUUAUAGAUUUAAUCUUUUUAGCCACGGGUUGAUGGGAGAGAAUAAAUUGUGUUUAUUCAUUCAAUCAGGAUGAGUUGUAAGUUAUCGAUAGGCACAUGAAAAAUGUAUGAAAUGAAUGAAUCUACCAGCAAUUUAUGAAAGAGAACGUCACUAUUGGCAUCAA